AUGACAAAGAUUCGUCUGGGAACCUGCUCGCCCACGCCCGCGGACUCGCCCCAGGCGUCGCUGGCCCUUCUCGAGACGCUCGCCCAGCGGGCUGCGACAAAGGGCAUCGAUCUCCUGCUGCUGCCGGAAGCGUUCCUGGGCGGCGGCUACCCGCGCGGCGUCCGUUUCGGCAGCACCCUGGGCGCAGACAAUGCCGACGGCCGCGAGGCCUUUUUGCAAUACUUUCAGCGCGCCGUCGACUUUGGCGAUGUCGUGGGCGAUGCUGGCGCAGGGGGUGGCGAUGCCUGGGUCAACAAGACCGCGGCAGAUCCGGAGCAGGCAACCGACAAGACGAAGUCGACGACGGCGCCGGGCGACGGAACGCGCGAGACGUUGGAACGGAUUGCCCGCGAGACGGGUGUUUUUCUUGUCGUGGGCGCAAUCGAAAGGGCCGGCGGCAGCCUCUACUGCGCCGUGGUCUACGUCUGUCCGACCCAAGGCGUCCUCGGCAAGCGCCGCAAAGUUCAACCGCCCUCCAAGACCGGCUUGGAACGUCUGAUCUGGUCGGCGGCCGGCCCCGCGUCGCUGCGUGCCGUCACAGCCCAUAUCAAGGGCGUGCGCGUCAACCUCGCCGCCGCCAUCUGCUGGGAGAACUACAUGCCGCUCGUGCGGCAGUCUCUGUACGCGCAAAACGUCAACCUGUACCUGGCGCCGACGGCCGACGGGAGCGACGCGUGGCUGUCGCUGGUCCGCACCAUUGGCAUCGAGGGCCGCUGUUUUGUGGUGACGUCCAAUAUGACGACGAAGACGGGCGGCUCCCUGGCGGCGGCGGCAUCAGUGGCAUCAGCGGCAUCAUCCGCAACAACGCAGCUGCCCACCAGACAGGCAAACGGUAACACGGUGACCGCCCCAUCGACGGCGACGGCGACGACGAAUACAAGUGGGGGGCCACCCGGAUCCAACUCGGGAAUCAACACCAAGAUUGUCGACUAUACGUCGUCGUCGCCCAUGGGCAAGCCCAGACGCCGCAAGAAGUCGUUUGUCUACGACGAGUAUGGCAACGAGAUUGUCUUGUCGUGCGAGACAGUGGCGGAGGAAGAUGUGGAGCCAACGACCAUCGUAACGAACGGUAUCGACAGCGAGGAGGACGCAUCCGACGAAAACGCCAAUGGCAUACACGGCCUGUCGUCCGACGCGCCCGUGCCUCUGCCGCCCUUCCCCCACCUGCCGGUCGACAAAGCCUGGGAGCGCCACAAGCACGAACGCCGGCGGUCGUCGGUAUUUGACGAAGACGACAACGAGAUUGUACUGUGUCGUCCCCCUGACUCGGCCAACACAGCACGGGCCGAACAAACCAUUGUCGACACGGCGCCUGAAGCAAGACCUGUUUUUGAACCCGUUUUUGAGCCUAGCCCGACGACCAUUCCAACGCGAGAAACCGGGGGCCAGGAUACGCGCGAGAAAACUAAAGCGCAAGAGACUGCGCCCAAUGUCCCCGGAACGCGCGGCGGCUCCGCGAUUGUGUCUCCUUUUGGCGAGGUGCUGGCCGGGCCACAGUGGGACGACGCGGAUGGAAUCAUUGCGGCCGACGUCGACUUUGACGACUGCAUCCGCGGGCGGCUCAGCCUGGAUGUCGCCGGCCACUAUUCACGGAACGACUCCUUCAAACUGUCUGUUGCGGGAUUGGACAUGAGUCCCCUGUCGUAUUAG